AUGCGCAAACAAGUGCAGCCGCGUGCGCUGUUAACCAAAUCGGCGGCAGCAUCGCAGGAGACGGCAGCGUCCGCCUCGGAGGAGGAGAGACUGCGACGCGCCCUGGAGGCUUCUACGGCUCUCACCGAGACGCUGCGGGCGACAAUCACGCAGUUGAACGAGGAAAUGGUUGCUCUCCGGCUGAUGCUAGCCAAGACGGAGGCAACAGCCCGCAGCGAGGCUAAGGCUGUCCGCGAGGAGGCAGCCAAGCGAGAGGAGUUCCUGCGGGAGGAACUGCGCCAGAUGCGCGAGAUCGUCGCUAAGGCGAUCGCGCAGGGCGGUAGUGCUGGGGAAGGCGGCUCCUGGGCCGAGGUGGUGCGCCGUAAGCCGGCACGCCAGCAGGCGGCCCAGCAGCAGCAGCGACGUCCGCAGCAGUCGCAGCAGCGGGCGAACGAGCGAGGACAACAGUGGCAACAGAAGGGCCGACUGUUGCAGCAGAGUCGACAGCGGCAACAGCAGCAACAUCAAGUACGCCCGGACACCAUCGAGGUGACACCAGCAGAAGGAGCGACCUGGACGCAGGCGUACCUGAAGCUGCGUACGGCCCCGGAGCUGGAGGAGGUCCGCACAGCCAUCGGGAUGGGUCGGCGAACAACACAAGGCCAUCUUCGCGUCCCGAUCAGCCGAAGCGCCGACAGCGAGACGCUCACCGCGAAAAUUCAGGAUGUUCUCGGUGACAUGGGGGCUGUACGAGUGCUGACCGAGAUGGGUGAAUUGCUGAUCACCCACGUCGACCCGCUGGCCACCGUCGAAGACGUCAAGGAUGCGAUCCAGGCCAAACUGGGAGCAACCACCGGCAUCACCUUUGCUGAAGUGUGGGAGCUGAGCGACGGCACGAAACGUGCUCGUGUCCGUCUUCCACUGGCAAAAGCACAGCUGCUAUACGAGGCAAAGCUGUCGAUCUGCCAGCUCAUCAGUUUGGCGCACGAGGUUCAACGUCGUCCGCAUCGGUCACCAGAGCUGUGGACAACCGCUUGCACCGUGUCUGGAGUAAAGCAGCAGUUACGCGUGCUACAGGCGAACCUGGGUGGUGGACGCACUGCACAGGAUUUCGUUCUGCAAACCGCUCGGACGGAGCGGAUCGACGUGUUGAUCCUCUCGGAGGUGUACCAUCCUCCUGAGAACAGCGGAACGUGGACAGCGGACUCAUCGGGGGCAGUUGCCGUGGUGGCCACCGGAGCCCACCCCAUUCAGCGUGUGUGGAGCAGCCCAACGCCUGGAGUGGUGGCUGCCCAGAUCGGUGGGGUGGUCUUUAUCAGCUGCUAUGCUCCCCCCCGCCUUACCAUAGCCGAGUUCGAGCACUUUCUCGAGGCCUUGGAGUUGGAGGCACUUUCUCACCCUCACGUCGUCGUAGCAGGCGAUUUCAACGCCUGGCAUGAGGAGUGGGGAAGCCAGCGUAACAACAUGCGAGGUGAGGGGCUGCUGAACACCAUCCAGCAGCUUGGGCUGAGGAUCCUCAACCGAGGAACAACCCCAACGUUUGUCGGGAACGGAGUUGCCACACCCAGUGUCGUCGAUGUGUCGUUCGCGAGCGAGUCCAUCGCUCGACCCGAGACCUGGGCAGUGGCUUCUGACUCGUUGGCGCGGCAUUACACGGCAUCCGACCACCGGUACAUCUUUUACACCGUCGGACCGUCCUCCCCGCCUCAACAUCAACGCCAGCAGCAACAACACCAGAACCAGAGAUGGAAGGCCUCGCAGUUCUCGGUCGAGGCGUUCCGGGUGGCGCUGAGGGCCGCAAACUUCGAAGAGCGGGCAGACAGCCAGGAGGGGAUGGUCGAUGCCAUGUUACGGGCAUGCGACGAAACGAUGGCGCGGGUCACAACGUUGAACCGUGACCCCCAUCGAUCCCUAUUCUGGUGGACACCGGAGCUCACGCGCCUUCGGGAGGAGUGUGCAGCUGCCCGCGACCGGAUGAUUGCCAUGGUCGAUCUGCAGGAACGCAGCCUUGCAGCGGCGCAUCACCGGACUGCGCGGCGGACGAUGGAAAAGGCGAUUCGGGCCAGCAAGCGUGCAGAAUUCGAUGACCUCAUCCGUUUGGCGGAGGAGAAUGAGUUUGGAGCAGGUUACCGGGCUGUCAUGUCUCGGCUUCGUGGCAGCUACGUACCACCUGAGACUGACAAGACGGAGCUGCUGCGCAUCUCCGGGGACCUGUUUCCGACUCAUCCAACGGUCGAGUGGCCAGCGGAGGGGGAAGCUGAGGACGGGCAGUCGCUGACGCCCGUCACCACGGCAGAGCUGCUGGCCAUCGUGGAAUGCAUGGCCAACCGGAAGGCGCCGGGUGUGGACGGGAUCCCCAACGCAGCAGUAAGGACAGCGAUUAGGGAGUACCCGGAGGUUUUUCGCCGACUGUACCAGGACUGUCUGGACCGCGGUGUGUUUCCUGCGCCGUGGAAGAGGCAGCGCCUGGUGCUGCUGCCAAAGCCGGGCAAACCUCCCGGGGAAAGUGGUUCAUACCGGCCGCUGUGCAUGCUGGACGCACUCGGCAAAGUGUUGGAGCGGCUGAUACUCACCAGGCUGAACCUCCAUCUUGAGGAUACCGAAGCUCCGCGGCUUUCGGAGCACCAGUACGGCUUCCGCAAGGGACGAUCCACCAUCAGUGCGAUCCAGCGGGUUGUUGAGAUGGGAAGGACGGCCAUGUCUUUCCGCCGGACAAAUCAGCGAGACAACCGCUGCCUGAUGGUGGUCGCCUUGGAUGUACGCAAUGCGUUCAACACUGCGUCUUGGCAGUCCAUCGCCAACGUGCUGCAGGAGAAAGGCGUGCCAUCCGCACUGAGAAGAAUGCUGAGAAGCUACUUCGAGGACCGGCGGCUGAUCAUCGAGACCAGCGAGGGCCCUGUCGAGCAGCACAUCAGCGCGGGAGUUCCGCAAGGGUCCAUCUUGGGCCCCACCUUGUGGAACGUGCUGUACGACGGGGUCCUGGGAGUGCCACUGCCACAGGGGACCGAGUUAAUCGGCUAUGCCGACGACUUGGUCCUGCUCGUCCCGGCGGUGACUCCCGAAGCCGCGGCCUCAAAGGCGGAGUCAGCGAUUGCAACGAUCAGCAGCUGGAUGUCCCAUCACCGUCUUGCUCUAGCGCCGGAGAAGACGGAGAUGACGGUGAUCUCCAGCCUGAAGCGGCCACCGGCAGUGUCCAUCAACAUCGACGGAGUAGCGGUUCCUGCAUCCCGAUCCAUCCGCUAUCUGGGUGUGUGGCUGCAGGACCAUCUGUCCUGGCUCCCGCACGUGGAGAAGGCAGCGGCGAAGGCGGAGAAGGUUGCCCAGGCGGUAACACGGCUCCUGCCGAAUCACAGCGGCCCGAAAUCGUCGCGAGCCCGCCUACUGGCGGCUGUAGCUGACUCCAUCCUUCGCUACGGAGCCCCAGUAUGGUCGGAAGGCUUGGAAAGACGACAAUGCCGCCGGCUUGUCAGUCGAGUACAGCGGAAGACGGCGAUUCGGGUCUGCAGGGCGUUCCGGACGGUGCGAGGUGAGACGGCGGUGCUGCUGGCCGGGCUAAUCCCGAUCUGCCGCCUUAUCGAUGAAGACAGCCGAGUGUAUCACCAUCUGCACCAGGAGAACCGGACGAGUACCAGCGAGCAGGUCCGGGCCAUCGAGCGUGAGCGGACCUACGAAGUAUGGCAGGCCGAGUGGGACGCGAACGCCGAAAGCGAGGAGGCCAGCCGGUACACGCGUUGGGCACAUCGGGUGGUUCCGGACGUCAAAGCCUGGCAGUCACGGAAGCAUGGAGACGUGACGUUCCAGUUGGCACAGGUGUUGUCCGGUCACGGAUUUUUCCGCGACUACCUGUGCAACAUGGGCUUCACGUCGUCCCCGGACUGUCAGCGCUGCCCCGGUGUGGCCGAGACGGCUGAACACGCAGUGUUCCGCUGUCCGCGGUUUGCUGCGGUUCGCGAGGAGCUGUUAGGCGGAACGGAUCCGGUGUCUCCCGACACCAUCCUCAGCUGUCUCCUGGAGAGCCCCGACCGUUGGAGCCAGGUGUGCGAGGCCGCACAACGCAUAACGAACGAGCUCCAGGAUGACUGGAACGCUGAGCGGGAGAUGCUGGCCGCGCAGGAUGGAGAACCAUCGCAACGGGACAAUUCGGUUGCUAUCGCUCGCAAUCAGCGGCGGAAUGCGGCUCGACGAGCUGCCACAGCCGCACGGCGCGAAGCGGCACGGGGUGGGCGUCCGCCAUCGCCACCUCCAUCCCCCACGACCGAGGCCCGCCGAGCAGCGGUCCGCGAGCGUGUGGCUCGAUGGCGAGCCAGACGACGCGAGAGCCACACCAACAUCAUCGGCAACCUGUUCGGGGAACAGGACUGGGUCGAAACUAGCAGCGGAAAUGAGGAGCAGGACAACUCCUACUCCGGCCUCACGGCGGCCGAAGCUGCGGCAGCCGGGUCCAUCCUGGGCCCGACCCUGUGGAACGUGAUGUAUGACGGUGUGCUCAGCGUUCCGCUGCCGCCUGGUGCCGAGAUCAUUGGGUACGCGGACGAUCUUGUCCUUCUUGCACCGGGUACAACUCCAACAUCGGCAGCAGCUACAGCGGAGGAGGCUGUGUCAGCAGUAGACCGGUGGUUGCGCGAGCACCACUUGGAGCUGGCACACGCCAAGACGGAGAUGACCAUAAUCUCCAGUCUUAAGAAACCUCCGGUUGGAGUUACCAUCACCGUUGGCGGCGUGGUCGUCCAGUACUCUCGUACCCUCAAAUACUUGGGGGUGAGGCUCCAGGACCACCUCUCCUGGGUACCUCACGUGACGGCGAUCACCGAGAAGGCAACGCAGGUCGCACAGGCAGUCAACCGCCUAAUGCCAAACCACCGGGGGCCGAAGACGUCAAAGUCUCGCUUGCUGGCGGCAGUCGCAGACUCCGUCAUGCGCUACGCCGCCCCGGUCUGGCACGGUGCUCUGGCGAAUCGUGAGUGUCGCAGGUUGCUUCAACGGGUCCAGCGAUCUUCGGCGAUUCGCGUUGCUCGGGCGUUUGCGACGGUCCGGUAUGACACUGCCGUGCUGAUGGCUGGGCUCGUGCCAAUCUGCAGAGCGGUGGAGGAGGAUACCAGAGUCCACAGUCGCCGAGGAACGCGCACCAGCGGCGAGCUUCGGAUAGAGGAGCGGCAGCGGACCAUCGCCGAGUGGCAGUCGGCGUGGGAUGCUGAUGCCGCCGCAGAGGGAGCGAGCAGAUACGUCAGGUGGGCCCAUCGCACGAUCCCGGACAUUGGAUCGUGGCAGUCGCGGAACCACGGAGAGGUGACCUUUCACCUGCCGCAGGUAUUAUCCGGUCACGGAUUUUUCCGAGAAUACCUGAGCGACAUGGGUUUCACCUCAUCCCCGGACUGCACGUGUCACAUGCUUCAGUGUCCGGAGAACUGGAGUAACGUGUGCGAGGCCGCCAAGCGAAUCACGCAUGCGCUGCAACGUGACUGGGACGAGUUCCGGACUUUGUUGGCGGCCCAGGGAAUGCUGCCAGACAACGCUCAUCGUCCGAAUCCUGAGGCUGUUCGACGGGCUCGGUACGAUCGGCGCAACGUCGCUCGAAACCGGCAACGGGCGCAGGAACGAGAGGAGCGGCGGGAUGGGCGUCCGCCAUCGCCACCCCCAUCCCCGAAGACGGAGGCUCGGCGAGCAGCAGUUCGCGAACGGGUCGCUCGAUGGCGAGCCCGACGGCGCGAGAGCCUCGCCGAUAUCCCCCGUGGACGGAGCUGGGAGCAUGAGCCGUACGACACCAGUUCCGACGAUUAUACGGCGACGACGAGGAACAGGAACGCUCGCACCUCGGCCUUACGGCGGCUGAAGCUGCGGCUGCCGCGGAGGCAGUCACCUCGUCGCGUUAGAGGAAAACGAAGCCAGCAGCGGGGAUGGGCAAUGACAAUGACAACGAAGGCCGUUAAGGCAAAAAGAGGCGCGAACGCCCAUUAG